UAAACAGGGGCUUAUUCAAGAAAUUCCAAUACUAUUCAAGCCUUCAUUGGUGCCUUGUAUGGGAGGCACUUUACAAAUUGGAUGCCGUGAAACUCCGUUAUCCGAGAUCGGUAAUGCUUGUUUGGAAAGCUCCUGCAGUGUUUUACAUUAGUCAUCUUAUCAAAAAUCACGAUGUUUUACAAUUUGUGUCAGUGUUCCUCCAUUUUAGGAAGUUUGUAGGCCGCAAAGAUUAUGGUUUGAGACGAAUUUGUAACAUUGUGAAAAG